GGAUUAGCAGCUGCUCCCCGCGGCAGUGGGGGGGGUCCAGGAUCCGAGCCUGAGUACCCUGCAAAGGUUCAGGUUCCUGUUGGCCCAGUACCAUGCAGAACCAGGUUGGAACAUCUUUUUAUAGCAACGGUCUCAGCAUCUCUGCUUCACACAGGGAAAUGGAGUACCGGAGAGGUUAAGUGCAUCGCCUGAGGUCAUAUGAAAGUUCCUAGACACACCACCAGUCAGGAGGCUUUGGAGGAAGAGGCCCCAGCAGCUGUAGGCAGACCGUGUGAACCUCUGCGGGUCGGUCUGCUGGCGCUCUGUACACUGUAGUCCCGGUUACUUGGAAGGCUGAGACAGGUCUUCUCUGUGUAGGCCUGGCUAGCCUGGCACUCGCCCUGUAGACCAGAUGGUCUUGAACCCAGAUCACCUCCUCUGCCUCCCGAUGAAUGGUGGCAACUAUGCCUCUGUGUGGGCGGAGAACCAUGUCAGAAGACAGCAGGGCAGAUGGCACCGAAGCUCAGCCCCUGGUACCCACAGAAAGCUUGAUGGUGCUGCUGCACUGGACUGGGCCCGAGGGCGGGGAGCCUUGGGUCACCUUCAGCCAGACGUCUCUGACUGCCGAGGACAUCUGCAUCCAGAUUGCACACAAAGUCGGCAUCACUCCACCCUGCCUGAAUCUCUUUGCCCUCUAUGAUGCACAGGCCAAGGUCUGGCUGCCCCCAAACCACGUCCUAGACACAUCCCGAGAUGUGAGCCUAAGGCUAUAUUUCCGAAUGAGGUUUUACUUCCGGAACUGGCACGGCAUGAGUCCCCAAGAGCCAGCUGUGUACCGAUGUGGUUCCCUGGGGUCAGAGCAGGGUGUGCAGCUCUUGGACUCUGCCUCAUUUGAAUACCUCUUUGAGCAGGGAAAACAUGAGUUCAUGAAUGAUGUGGUGUCUCUGCGGGACCUGUCUAGUGAGGAAGAGAUCCAUCACUUUAAGAAUGAGAGCUUGGGCAUGGCCUUUCUGCACCUCUGCCACCUUGCUCUCUGCCGCGGUGUCCCCCUGGAGGAGAUGGCCAGAGAGAUCAGCUUUAAGAACUGCAUCCCUCGUUCCUUCCGCCAGCACAUCCGUCAGCACAAUGCGCUCACGCGCCUGCGUCUCCGCAGAGUCUUCCGGCGAUUCCUGCGGGCCUUUCGGCCUGGCCACCUCUCCCAGCAGGUUGUGAUGGUUAAGUACUUGGCCACCCUGGAGCGGCUGGCCCCUCGAUUUGGCUCAGAGCACAUACCGGUGUGUCAUCUGGAGGUGCUGGACCAGCCUGAGAGGGACCCCUGCUACAUCCAGAACAGUGGGCAGACUACUGGAGACCCAGGCCCAGAGCUGGCCACCAGGCUUCCCACCCAUGAGGUACUGGUGACAGGCACCAGAGGUAUCCAGUGGCGUCCACUACAGAUCCAGGAAUCUGCAAGAGGUAACAGCAGAGGGAAUCCCCAAGGCAACCGAUCUGGAAAGAAAGUCAAGGCCCCUGAGGUUGCCGAGCAGCUGGCCAAGAGUCCUGGGGAGCCAUCCUGGACCUACUUCUGCGACUUCCAGGACAUCUCCCAUGUAGUGCUAAAGGACUGUCACGUGCGCAUCCACCGUCAGGACAACAAGUGCAUGUUGCUGUGCCUCCGUUCCCGGGCUGAAGCCCUGUCCUUUGUGGCCCUGGUGGAUGGCUAUUUCCGCUUGACCGCCGACUCCAGCCACUACCUGUGCCAUGAGGUGGCACCCCCGCGGCUGUUGACCAGCAUCCAGAAUGGCAUCCAUGGGCCCCUGAUGGAUCCAUUUGUGCAAGCCAAGCUGUGGCCGGAGGAUGGCCUCUACCUGAUCCAGUGGAGCACCAGCCACCUCCACCGUCUGAUCCUCACUGUGGCCCAUCGAGACUCAGCUCCCAACAGCGGCCCCAAGGGUCUGCGCCUCCGAAAGUUCCCCAUCACCCAGCAACCUGGAGCCUUUGUGCUAGAUGGCUGGGGUCGCUCCUUCGACAGCGUGGGGGACCUUCGGGUCGCCUUGCAGGGCUGCUCGCUGCGGGCUGGUGACGACUGCUUCCCUUUGCACCACUGCUGCCUGCCCCGGCCAGGAGAAAUCUCCAACCUCUUGGUCAUGCGGGGGUCCAGUGCCCACACCCGGCCUCUCAACCUCAGCCAGCUCAGCUUCCACAGAGUUCACCAGGAUGAAAUCACGCAGCUGUCCCACUUGGGUCAAGGCACGAGGACCAAUGUUUACGAGGGCCUUCUAAGAGUGGGAGGCCCUGACGAAGGCAAAACUGACAGUGGAUGCCCUCCUGAGCCUGGCGGGGGCAUUGGUCAGCAGCUCCGAGUGGUGCUUAAAGUCCUGGACCCCAGUCACCAUGACAUCGCCUUGGCCUUCUAUGAAACAGCCAGCCUCAUGAGCCAGGUGGCACACAUGCACCUGGCUUUCCUGCAUGGUGUCUGCGUGCGUGGCUCAGAGAAUAUCAUUGUGACAGAGUUCGUAGAACACGGUCCCCUGGAUGUGUGGUUACGGCGACACAGGGGCCGAGUGCCUAUGACCUGGAAGAUGAUUGUGGCUCAGCAGCUGGCCAGUGCCCUCAGCUACCUGGAGGACAAGAAUCUGGUUCACGGGAAUGUAUGUGGCCGGAACGUCCUGCUGGCGCGGCUGGGGUUAGAGGAGGGUACCAGCCCCUUCAUCAAGUUAAGUGAUCCUGGCGUAGGCCAAGGUGCCCUCUCCAGAGAGGAGCGGGUGGAACGCAUCCCCUGGACAGCUCCUGAGUGCCUGUCUGGAGAGAUCAGUAGCUUGGGUACUGCCACGGACAUGUGGGGUUUUGGUGCCACCCUUCUUGAGAUCUGCUUUGAUGGGGAUGCACCCCUGCAGGGUCGUUGCUCCUCCGAGAAAGAACGAUUCUACACAAAGCAGCACCAGCUGCCUGAGCCCUCAUGCCCGGAGCUGGCCACACUCACCCGCCAGUGCCUGACCUACGAACCAGCACAGCGGCCAUCAUUCCGCACCAUUUUGCGGGACCUCACCAGGCUGCAGCCACAGAAUCUAGUGGGUAUCUCGGCUGUGAACUCAGACUCAGCAGCAUCAGACCCCACGGUUUUCCACAAACGUUAUUUGAAAAAGAUCCGGGAUUUGGGCGAGGGUCACUUUGGCAAGGUCAGCCUGUACUGCUAUGAUCCAACCAAUGAUGGCACUGGCGAGAUGGUGGCUGUGAAAGCCCUUAAGGAGGGCUGUGGUCCCCAGCUCCGCUCAGGCUGGCAGCGGGAGAUCGAAAUCCUGCGGACCCUGUACCAUGAACAUAUUGUCAAGUACAAAGGCUGCUGUGAGGACCAAGGUGUGCCAGGCCAUGGAGAGAAGUCUGUACAGCUGGUCAUGGAAUACGUCCCCCUGGGCAGCCUUCGGGACUACCUGCCACGGCACAGCGUUGGGCUGGCUCAGCUUCUGUUGUUUGCCCAGCAGAUCUGCGAGGGCAUGGCCUACCUGCACGGGCAACACUACAUUCACCGAGACCUAGCUGCGCGCAAUGUGCUUCUGGACAAUGAGAGGCUGGUCAAGAUUGGAGACUUUGGCUUAGCCAAGGCAGUGCCUGAAGGCCAUGAGUACUACCGCGUUCGCGAAGACGGGGACAGCCCAGUGUUCUGGUAUGCCCCGGAAUGUCUGAAGGAGUGCAAAUUUUACUAUGCGUCAGAUGUCUGGUCUUUCGGGGUGACCCUGUACGAGCUGUUGACCUACUGUGACUCUAGGCAGAGCCCCCCCACGAAAUUCAUGGAGCUCAUCGGCGUCACCCAGGGCCAGAUGACCGUGCUGAGGCUCACGGAGCUGCUGGAGCGAGGAGAGCGGCUGCCUCGGCCUGACAGGUGUCCGUGUGAGAUCUAUCUCCUCAUGAAGAACUGCUGGGAGGCAGAGGCCUCCUUCCGACCCACGUUCCAGAAUCUUGUGCCUAUCCUCAAGACAGCCCAGGAGAAGUACCAAGGCCAGGUGCCUUCAGUGUUCAGUGUGUGCUGACGGUCAAGGGUGUCGGGAUAGAUGGGCCCCACAGAGAAGCCUCCACACGCUCUACACCUUACUCUUGCCUGGAAACCCCUAUCAGUAAACAGACAACUUUUCCUUCCUUGA